CCUCAACUCACACCGGAUUCAAACAGUGGAAACACACAGCUCGAGUGGUCAGAGACUAACAAGGGUCCGUUCUACUUUGAGCCUAAAACAUUAUAUGGGCAUGGAGGGAUUUCAUACAGGUUCACAGGCCUGGGUCCGGGUGUAUUCCUGUGUCAGCUGACUGGACUGGGCUUUACAAUGACUCGACGGGGAGAGUUGUUGUACAAGAUCAUCCAGUGGGACGAGGAACUCCUCCAAACGGCUGGAAAAGUCCCUGCAGGUCCCCUGUUUCAGAUUGAAGGUACGACCAACGCUGUCUCCCAGCUGCACCUCCUGCACUGUGAACCAAACCCCGUUGCACUUUCUAAUGACCUGUCUGCGGUCCACAUGAGUGAUGAGGGGAUGAACAUCCUUGAACCACUGAAGAUAAAUGAAACCCAUGUUGUUGUGGAUGUCAGUCACUUCUCUGGCUUUGGCCUGGUCGUAGAUUUUGUCAGAGGGCUCCUAAACAUUCAAAGACCGAUAAGUAGCCAAGUACUGCUGUUCCACCGUCCGAUCUGGACUGAGAAGAGCCAAAAAAUCAAUGUCUUCCUGUUGCCAAAGAACGUCCCACUGGAGGAGGUGAAACAAAAACAGGAAAAUGCAGACUACAUUGAGGCCACAUCUUCCUGUCACCUCAUUAAAGAUCGCACUUACACUCUGCAGUGUCCCGAGGCGACGUUAGUCCAGCCCAUGAGUGUGCUGUUUGACCUCCAGUAUGGACCAAAUUACCACCCAACGUUUGAGAUCCGGUUAAGUCCACUCAAAACAGAAGCCACCGUGACGGUCUGUGGGGAGCCAGCCAAAUCUGUGUGGAUGUAUCAUGUCGACCUCACUCCUAAAGAAGGUGUAAAAUCGGCCUCAGGAUCUACCUCCUUCACAGUUCUACCUCCAGCCAAUGAACCCAGCACAUCUGAUAUUACAGGUCGUGAUUCAGGAACGCAAGAUGUGGAAUCACUGAACUUCUCAUCAGAGGAAGAGGAGAAGGUGUUCGCCGUCCGAAAAGGCUUCAUUGACAGAGUGUCUGGCUCCGUUGUAAAGAGUCUGCUUGACAUCUUUCUGCAAAGGGAGGUCAUAAACUACAGCGAAAAGGAGCAGAUCCAAGCCAAACAGCAAGAGAGAGACAUAGCAGAGGCGCUGGUCGACAUGGUGUUGAAGAAGGGAAAGACAGCUUGUACAAUAAUGAUUGAUGCUUUACGAAAACUCGAUCCAUUUCUAUCUGAUACUCUGAAGUUGACCCAAGGAGACGAAGCAUGCAUGUAAGGGCUUGUGUUGACAGGUGGCAUUUGGAAAUACAUUUCUGAAAGAUUGUCAUUAAGUUUGACAGAAUCGGUCCAAGGUUGUCUAUCUAAUUUCACUGUGCGUUUCUACAAAUGAGAAGAAGAUUCCAUUUUUCGAUCAGUGACUGCAGUGCGAGAAAAAAAAAAAAACCCGGUGUGCAUCAUGAUAAAAAUAGGGCUGUGAAAAGAUUUGUUUUCAAUCACGAUAAAUCACGUUUUGAAUUCUCUUUUUUAAAUUCAGUUGUUUUGCAUUUGAAGGCAGUUUUCAGCAUUCAUCUGUCCAAACAAUCAGUUCAACAGUUGAAUUUAAAGUGACUACUGAAGUUUCAGCAAGGCGACUUCCUGCCGCCACUAAUUUCUUAUCCGAGCAUCUUCAUCGGGAAACAGAGAAAGAAUUUCCUUUUGGACCUCAUUGGAUUUUCUUUCAAAAUAAAGUGCCAUGUAGACCAAAUUAAUAUGACGCAUGUGUUAAAAAUACAGUUUUCAAACUGAAAAAAUGCCCUAAGCCUAAUUAUGUGAUUGAUCAUGAUUAAGUCUUUAGUCAUCCCUACAUUAAUUAAUUAUAAUUAAUGUGAUUAACUCUGACAGCCCAGACAAACUAACAGAUAAAAAUGAGUCAGAUAAGUUCCAUCCCUCCGGAGUUGGUAUUAUGAUUUCAGAAAUACCUCUACUGCUGUUUUUGUCACUUCAGGGAAUUAGCUUAUUUUCACUAACGUUUGCACAUAG